CCCGGCCCCAGCUCACGGGCCGAAUUUCACCAUCGACCCAGCUCCCCGACUUGGACAUCUCCCUUCCUGUUAAGGUCAAUUGGAUAGCUUCUGCCCUUCAUCAGUCAUGAAGCUCACUUACUCCGGGCUGGCUCUGGCAGCCCUCACCGGCCUCGUCGAACUGGCCUCCUGCAAGACGGUGAAGUUCAAUGUCGACCUCACAUGGGAGGACGGUAAGAUAGCUGGGAACUCGCGCAAAGCCAUCUGGACCAACGGACAAAUUCCUGGUCCGACGUUGCGAGUCAAGCAAGGUGAUGAUGUUGAGUUCCUCGUCAACAACUCCAUGCCAUUUGAAACUGCCAUUCACUUCCACGGCAUCGUGCAACAGGGUACCCCAUGGUCCGAUGGCGUUCCUGGAAUCUCACAAGCUCCCAUCGAACCAGGCGAUGCCUUCCUAUACAAGUGGAAGGCAGAUGCAUAUGGAACAUAUAUAUACCACUCACAUAUGAGAGCCCAGCUUGAUGAUGGUCUCUAUGGCGCUAUCUAUGUGGAACCUGCCGACUCGGUGGAAAGACCGUUCAGCUUGUUGACCAGUGAUCAGACAGAGCUGCAGGCACUGUUAGACGCUGAGAAGAAGACGCAGCCGGUCAUUAUAUCUGACUGGCGUUUGUUCACGUCUGAAGACAUCCUUCAAAUCCAAGAAGACUCUGGCUUCUCAAGCUACUGUGCCAGUUCCAUUUUAGUCAAUGGGAAGGGCUCUGUCAUUUGUCCGGGUCAGGAUCAUAUUGACUCUCUUACCCGAGCGGGCGAGAGCCAGGCUUUGGGCGAUGCGAAAAUGAGUGAUAUGGGAUGUAUGCCACCGACUGCGUCACGGUAUGCACGAUACGACUUCGAUCUCACCAAAAUUCCUAAGGGCUACUAUGAGGGCUGUGUGCCGGCCCAGGGUCCGAACCAGGUGUUCAACGUCGAUGCUUCUAAGAAAUAUGUCAGUUAUGAUGUGUUGAGUAUGGCCGGCAGUUCCUCGCUAGUGUUCUCCAUUGACAACCAUCCGAUGAUUGUCUAUGCGGUCGAUGGACGCUAUGUGGAACCAUCCACCACCUACGCGAUCAACAUCCCCGCUGGGUCGAGAUAUUCGGUGAUGUUGAAAUUGGACCAGCCCGCUGGAUCAUACACAGUUCGUGCGGCCAACAAGUAUGCCAACCAGAUCAUCAAUGGCACAGCAACUUUGACCUACACCAACCAAGGGCCUGGUUCGACUACCUCAUCGGGGCAAUACAUCAAUGAGCUUGGUACGGUUCUAGAUCGCAGUAAAAGCAUCCUCGAUGACAACACUCUCGUCCCCUUUCCCCGCGAGCCGCCUGCAGCUUAUGCCAAUAAGACCUUUGUUCUCGACAUUGCUCAAUUGUCGACCUCGUAUGGCUGGAGGCUCGGAAAUGAAUCUUAUCCGAUGGAUCUCGAGGAGGUUGGAUUCCCAGCACUGUUCGACUCCUCCUCGAUCCCCACCAAGAACAUGAUCAGCACCUUGAACGAUACCUGGGUGGAUCUCAUCAUCAAUGUCACCACUGCCGGUCAGCCCCAACAUCCGAUCCACAAGCACUCGAACAAGUUCUAUGUGAUCGGACAGGGCAAUUCGGCCUGGACUUACUCCUCCGUCGAAGAGGCAAUGAAGAAGAUCCCCAGCAGCUUCAACCUGCAAACUCCUCAGAUGCGUGACACCUUCCAGACCCCACCAUCUCUGGGUGCUCCCAGCUGGAUGGCGCUCCGAUACCACGUCAACAACCCCGGUCCUUUCUUCAUGCACUGCCACAUCCAGAUGCACCACAGCGGUGGACUGGCAAUGGCCAUCAUGGACGGAAUUGACGCGUGGCCAGAUGUGCCAGUGGAGUAUGAGCUUGCGGUCAUGCCCAAGCAUUAGACUUUUCCUUUCUCUGUGAAUCUUGAAC